CGCGCGUCCGGGUGGGCGUGGCGUUCAAGUGGGCGUGGCCUGCCGGGCGGGACCAGAUCCAGAUCCAGCCAGCCGCCUAGAGCUAGCAGGCGACGAGCUUCAGCCAAGCGCCCAGUCUCGCCGCGCGAUGCUGCCCUGGAUGGCGCUCGGCCUGGCCCUGGGCCUGUGGCUGGCUCUGGCGCGCAGUUCCUUUUUCACAGGUCCCCCAGCAUCAGUCCCUCGGGGAGACCUGCUGUUUCUGUUGGAUAGCUCGGCCAGCGUGUCACACUAUGAGUUCUCCCGGGUCCGGGAGUUUGUGGGGCAGCUGGUGGCUCCACUGCCCCUGGGCCCUGAGGCCCUGCGUGCCAGCCUGGUGCACGUGGGCAGCCUGCCACAUUCUGAGUUCCCGUUCGACCGGCACAGCUCAGGUCAGGCCGUCCAGGAUGCCAUCCGUGCCUCAGCCCAGCGUAUGGGUGACACCAACACUGGCCUGGCAUUGGCAUUUGCCAAGGAGCAGCUGUUUGAUGAGGCCACAGGUGCCCGGGCAGGGGUGCCCAAGGUACUGGUGUGGGUGACAGACGGAGGCUCCAGCGACCCCAUAGGCCCCCCCAUGCAGGAGCUCAAGGACCUGGGUGUCACUGUCUUCAUUGUCAGCACUGGCAGGGGCAACCUGCUGGAGCUGUCGGCUGCUGCCUCAGCACCUGCGGAGAGGCACCUGCGCUUUGUGGACGUGGAUGACCUGCACAUCAUUGCCCAGCAGCUUCGCAGCUCCAUCCUCGAUGCCAUGCAGCCGCAGCAGCUCCACGCCUCUGAGGUUACUUCCAGCAGUGUCCACCUGGCCUGGCCGGCACUGCUGCCUGCAGACUCUGGCUACUACGUGCUGGAGCUGGCACCCAGCGGCAACUUGGGGGCCAUCCGACGCCAGCAGCUCCCCGGGUACUCCAUGGGCUGGACCUGGGCGGGGCUCGAGCCAGACACAGACUACGAGGUGUCCCUGCUGCCCGAGUCCAACGUGCGCCUGCUGCCGCCGCAGCGCGUGCGAGUGCGCACGCUGCCAGGUGAGGCCGGGCCCGAGCGCGUCGUCAUCUCGCACGUCAGGCCGUACAGCCUCCGCGUGAGCUGGGCCCCAGCGCUCGGGCCCGACGUCAUGCUCGGCUACGUGGUGCAGUUCGGGCCGCUGCAGAGCGGCGUGGCGCAGCGAGUGGAGGUGCCUGCGGGCCGCAACAGCACCACGCUGCAAGGCCUGGCGCCCGGCACCGCCUACCUGGUGACCGUGACCGCCGCCUUUCGCUCCGGCCGCGAGAGGGCACUGUCGGCCAAGGCCUGCACCCCUGCCAGCGAGCGCCGCCGUGCCCCACGGCCCAUGCCCCCAGCUCUGAGCCCACCAGAGCCCCCACGCGUGGCCCUUCCGGCCGCAGUUGGGGGUGCACGGACAGGAGCCUGAGGACCGGUUGAGAACCACAGGCCUGACCACCCCAGCCCGGAGGGGAGGCUGCAGCCCGGCCCCUCAGUGGAAAGGGGCCUGAAGUGGGCCAUGGCACUAGAGUCCCCUAUGAAAGAAAGUGGACAGGAAGGGAAGGAGAAGCUGGCAUGGGGGCCCCAAAAACUCCCUGCAGAAAAGGAAGAGCGGGGGGCUUCACCAGGAUCCUGGCUGCCUGGAGGACAGCAUCAGUGGGGACCUGACUGGGCAGCCCCAGCAGCCCCUAGGCCAGACUGUUCCACCCCCAGCCCCAGAGGGAUGGAACCACAGCCUGGCAUUCAGGGCCUUGGGGACAGGAGCCUCCCACCCCUGCUGUUGCCAGGCUCCAAGGCCACUGUUCACAGGGUCACAGACAGAUUGGGGGACAGGAGUCACUGCAGCAAGUUCAACAUUGUCUGAUCCCACCGGUUGUACUUUUGGGUUUCCCUUCACCUGGACAGCGCCUGUGCUCUGAGGGUCACCUGCUGCUGCUUGAGCCCAGUUGGCCUCUCUCCUCACUAAUGAUCAGACUCCCAAACACAGUAAAUCAGAUGCAAGCCAA